AUGCUGGGAUUUCUGCGAGGAAUUCGUCAGUACAGUUCUUCUGCAAAGGAAGCUGCCAAUGUUUUCUUUGAUAUCUCUAUCGGAAAUGCACCUGCACGUCGCGUCGUCUUCAAGCUCUACGACGACGUAGUACCCAAGACGGCUGCAAACUUUCGCGCUAUUGCACGUGGAGAUACCCAGGACAAGGCGCAGACCUAUAAAAAGUCAACCUUUCACCGCAUCAUCCCAGGAUUUAUGAUCCAAGGCGGCGACUUUGAGCGACACAACGGAACAGGUGGAUAUUCGAUUUACGGUCGAAAGUUCAACGACGAAAACUUUCAGAAGAAGCACACCCGGCCGGGCCUGUUAUCUAUGGCGAAUGCCGGACCGAACACCAACGGUAGCCAGUUUUUCAUCACAACCGCCGUGACGAGCUGGCUCGACGGCAAGCAUGUCGUUUUCGGCGAGGUCGUAGAAGGCAUGGACGUCAUCAAAGAGGUAGAGGCGGUUGGAAGCUCUUCUGGAAAGCCGCAGAAGAUGGUUACUGUGACCGAGUCGGGCACUGUCGAGUAA